UCAUUUACAUGAUUAAUGUUUGUUUAUAAUAAUAAUAAUAUUCAUUCACUCUCUUCUAUUGCACAAACCUCUCUCUCUCUUUCUGCUUCUUCUUCAUUUCUCUGUUGUUUUUCCUUUUUGGGUUCUUUCUUUUGCUGCUUUGGUCACUUUUUUUAUCUCUUCUCUCCCUCUUGUCAGAAACCCUUUGACCAAUAACAUGCUAGUAGCAUUGCUGUUGCUGGUGCUGGCAUUGAGCAACGGAGCGAGAGUGAAUGGUGAAAGAGGUGGAAGGCAAUGUGGGGCGAAUCCGUCGCUAAAGCCGAGGCCACAUAGUGUCUCCAUUUUGGAGUUUGGUGCGGUGGGAGAUGGUAAAACAUUGAACACCAUUGCAUUUCAGAAUGCUGUAUUCUAUCUCAAGUCAUUUGCGGACAAAGGUGGUGCUCAACUGUAUGUGCCACCUGGAACAUGGCUUACUCAAAGUUUCAAUCUUACUAGCCAUCUUACACUCUUUUUGGAAAAAGGUGCUGUCAUUAUUGGAUCUCAGGAUCCCUAUCACUGGGAAGUUGUUGCUCCUUUACCGUCUUAUGGUCGAGGACUUGAAGUUCCUGGAGGAAGAUAUCAGAGCUUGAUAAAUGGAUACAAGUUACAUGAUGUGGUCAUAACAGGUAAUAACGGAACCAUUGAUGGCAUGGGAUUGACUUGGUGGGAAUCAUUUAAAUCUCAUUCCUUGAACUAUAGUCGUCCUCAUCUGGUUGAAUUAGUGGCAUCUAAUGACGUCGUAGUUUCAAAUCUUACAUUCUUGAAUGCCCCUGCAUAUAACAUUCACCCGGUUUAUUGCAGCAAUGUACAUAUUCAUAAUAUCUCAAUCUUUGCCCCUCCGGAAUCCCCUUAUACUGUUGGCAUAGUACCAGAUUCUUCUGACCAUGUUUGCAUAGAGGAUUGUACCAUUGCCACCGGCUAUGAUGCAAUUGCCCUAAAAAGCGGCUGGGACGAGUACGGAAUCACCUACGGUAGGCCUACUGAGAAUGUCCACAUCAGAAGGGUACAUCUACAAGCAUCUUACGGCUCCACUCUUGCAUUUGGAAGUGACAUGUCUGGUGGCAUUUCAAAUGUUGUUGUGGAGCAUAUUCAUCUCCACAACUCAAAAGGUGGCAUCGAAUUCAGAACUGUUAAAGGAAGAGGUGGUUACAUGAAGGAAAUAGUCAUAUCCGACGUGGAAAUGAAGAAUAUCUACACAGCAAUAUCUGCCACAGGUUAUUGUGGUUCUCAUCCUGAUGACAAGUUUGAUCCUAAUGCUUUACCACUUUUGGAUCACUUUAUUUUGCGAGAUAUGAUUGGAACAAACAUCACUAUUGCUGGAAGCUUUGCUGGACUAGAAGAAUCUCCAUUCACUAAUAUAUGCUUAUCUAAUAUUACCUUGUCUGUAAAUUAUGCUUCCUCCACUACAUGGAAUUGCUCAAAUGUUUCUGGAUUUUCAGAUUCUGUUGUCCCUAAACCUUGUUCUGAACUUGACAACCCUUCGAAUUAUUCCUCCUCAUCUUGUCUCUCCAUGUUGAGUAUGAAAGGGAAAACUGCCGUGUCCGGCUCGCUGUCGAUGAAAAAGUGAAUAGCUUGGUGUCUAAGAAAUCAGAUUAAGUCACAUUCUUUCCAAUAAGACAUUUAUUUGGAUUAUUCAAUUUUUUUCAUCCAUUGAUUUGGAUUCUUGCAUGCAGAAAGUGGCAUAUUUUUUGUACAGCUUUUGUUUCUUCAUUCAUGUGUAUUGAAAUUUUGGUUAUGUUCACAGGAGUACUCAAUUUCAUAGUUUUUACUUGUGUGUUAUU